CGCAACACGAAGCAAUUGUGUGGAGCAUACAAUUUUCCGGAGCACGCUGGUUGAGCGGUGAAGGGAGGGAGAAAUGGCGCAGGGAUUCAACAAAUACUUCAAUAGCACCACCAUAAAUGGCCGCGCCAAUGUUGCCAAAGUCACAUACGCCUCCAUUGCGCUCUUCUUCAUUUAUCUCCGCAUGCGACGGGGCUCGAAGUCCGCUCCACCGCCUUCAGCUGACGAUUCCUCGUGCUCCUGUGAGAAGCCCGAGAAAUAUGUGAUUCCCAUGGAUGAACAGGAGCACGAAUGCGAUUAAAGUUGCGAGUAAAAUUCCUUAGGCAACCAAAUUCGAAUAUGUGUGAAUAAAUAUAAAGCUUGACUAUAAA